ACUUCAAAAUAGACAUGUGAACAAAAUGGACUUGUGUUUUCUUACAUCAUUCAAGAAUCCUGUGACGAUUUAUCCCUUUUUUCUGAAGUUUAAAAUAUUAUUUCUAUACCGUAAAUGUAACCCUUCUCCAGUUUUACCUAACACUGCUCGUCCUUUAUCUGGUACACGAAACCGGCUUGUUUGUUAGAGAAAUGCCUAUGAAUUUGGUUUGGGCAUUGGUAGUUUUGGUGGUUAAUUUCAGUGGAUGUUUUACUGAAGGAAUGAACAAUACCAGUGUUUCUACAAGACCGGAUGUCGUAAAUGUUGCGUCUAUAUUGACAUUUGAUUCCAUCAUUGGAAAAGUGGCGAAAAUAGCUUUACAGGCUGCAAUUGAAGAUGUUAAUUCUGAUCCAACUAUACUUAAAGGAACCAAGUUGAAAAUAACUUUUCAUGACUCCAAUUACAGUGGGUUCCUAAGUAUGAUGGCAGCUUUACAAGUCAUGGAGACAGAAGCCGUGGCCUUAAUCGGCCCCCAAAGCUCGGUUUUAGCUCAUGUGAUUUCCCAUGUGGCGAACGAGCUUCAAGUUCCUCUUCUGUCAUUCACAGCUACUGAUCCGACAUUAUCUUCACUUCAAUAUCCGUUCUUUGUCCGUACAACUCACAGUGAUCUUUAUCAAAUGGCUGCCAUAGCAGACAUAGUUGAAUACUAUGAAUGGAGACAUGUUAUAGCAAUUUACAUAGAUGAUGAUCACGGCAGAAAUGGAAUAAUAUCAUUAGGCGAUCGGUUAGCAGCUAGAGGAUGUAAGAUCUCCCAUAAAGCGCCUAUCAGCCCCCAAGCCACCAAAACCGAUAUAAGCGAUGUUUUGGUUCAAGUUGCGUUAAUGGAGUCAAGAGUUCUUGUUGUCCACACUUAUGCCAAUUCGGGAUUAGAUAUACUUGAAGUGGCUAAAAGUCUUCAAAUGUUGGAUAAUGGGUAUGUUUGGAUUGCUACAAACUGGCUCUCUACCAAUAUUGACAUUAGUUCGCCGCUUCCUUUGAAUACAAUAGAUGUUAUGCAAGGGUUUAUCACACUGAGAUCAUACACAAAAGAAUCAAAUCUCACAAGAAAGUUCGCUUCUGAGUGGCGAAACUUAACCACAUUUGGAUUAAGUACUUACUGUUUAUAUGCAUACGACACGGUUUGGCUGCUCGCUCGUGCGCUUGACGCUUACUUCGAUCAUGGUGGAAACAUGUCAUUUUCAAAAGAUAUUCGGUUGAACGUGCUAAAGGGAGAAAUCUUGAAGCUUAAUUCUUUAAGCAUCUUUAAUGGUGGAAACUUAUUGCUUCAAGAUAUCUUAAAGGUUAAAAUGAAAGGAUUAACUGGAGUUGUAGAGUAUACUUCUGACAAAGAUUUGGUUUUUCCGGCUUAUGAGGUUCUUAAUGUGAUUGGUACAGGCGUUAGAAAAAUCGGGUAUUGGUCAAAUUCUUCGGGUUUGUCAUCUAUUCCUCCAGAAACAGUCAACAUGGAUCCACUUCACCAAUCAAGUUCUUCUGAAGCAUUGCACGAUGUGAUUUGGCCCGGUCCUACAAUGAAAAAACCGCGUGGAUGGGUAUUUCCUGAGAAUGGGAGACAGAUGGUAAUCGGUGUUCCACAUCGAGUGAGUUAUACAGAAUUUGUGGGACAGUCGGAGGACACUAAUGCUUUCAAAGGAUACUGCAUUGAUGUUUUUACGUCUGCUGUUAACUUACUGCCGUAUGCUGUUCCUUAUAAGUUUCAAUCCUAUGGAGAUGGUGUCAAGAACCCAAGCAACACCAAGCUCGUGAGCUCGAUAGACGCUGGUGUUUUUGACGCUGCGGUGGGAGACAUUGCUAUAACUACUAAUCGGACACAACUAGCAGAUUUUUCGCAACCAUUUAUUGAAUCUGGGCUUGUUGUAGUGGCACCUGUUACGAGAUCAAAGUCUAGUACUUGGGCUUUCCUUAGACCGUUCUCUCCUUUAAUGUGGUGUGUUUCAGGGAUUUUUUUCAUAGUUGUUGGAGUUGUUGUUUGGACUCUAGAACAUCGUAUAAACGAUGAAUUUCGUGGUCCUCCUAAGAAACAGAUUGUCACAGUUCUAUGGUUUAGCUUUUCAACUAUGUUUUCCUCCCACAGAGAAAACACACUGAGCGCUCUGGGUCGUAUGGUUCUAAUUCUAUGGUUAUUUGUGGUUCUGAUAAUAAAUUCAAGCUAUACUGCUAAUUUGACCUCAAUCUUGACGGUUCAAAAACUUUAUUCGCCUAUCAAAGGAAUAGAUAGUUUAAUGGCAAGCAAAGAUCCCAUUGGGUACCCAGAAAACUCAUUCGUCCGUAAUUAUCUAAUAGCUGAAUAUGGCAUUCAUGAAGAUCGAUUAAUUCCUCUGUCGUUGCCUGAAGACUUUGAAAAGGCGUUAAAGGCGGGUCCAAAUCAUGGUGGUGUUGCUGCAGUUGUUGAUGAGCGCGCAUACCUUGAACUGUUUCUUUCAACCAGGUGUGAUUUCAGCAUUGUUGGUCAAGAAUUCACCAAAAAUGGAUGGGGAUUUGCCUUCCCACGGGACUCUCCUUUAGCAGCCGAUCUGUCAACAGCUAUUCUAAAACUAUCGGAAAACGGCGAGCUGCAAAGGAUCCAUGACAAAUGGUUACUGAGAAGCGCGUGCAGCUCACAAGGAACAAAAUUUGAAGUUGACCAGCUCGAAUUCGCAAGCUUUCAAGGCCUGUUUUUUAUAUUUGGAAUGGCUUGUUUUCUUGUGCUUAUCAUAUACAUUGCACUAACAAUACGCCAAUUUUACAAACACUAUCCGGACCUUUCUGAGACAACUGGAAGAAGCAUCCAGUCGGGACCCAUUAAAACAUUCAUUUCGUUUGUUGAUGAAAAAGAAGAGACGACAAAAGCGCGUUCAAAGAGAAAGUUUUCAGAAGGAAGUUCAAGCACGACGUAUGCAAAUAAUGCUGCGAUGCAGAACUAUAAUAGCAACAGGACGUACGCAUCUAAUGCAUCGUUACAGAACUAUAAUGGCAGCAGGAUAGAUAUGUCAGUGGACACCCUCAAAUGAUCAAAAUGUUGUAAUGUCAGUCAUAUGUGUACCAUAGCAGAUAACCUAAAGUUCCACAUUUAGAUUAAUCUCAUAGUUUUAUGGUUGAUCCAAACCCUAGACAUGUUACUUUAUAUAUAAAAGAUUUGCAUCAAUUUGCAUAGAGUU